ACGGUAAACGUCUGAUCAGAGCGGAAGCGGAACAGAGAGGAAGGUGCGCAUCGGAACAGCGGAGAGCAGCGCAUGAAUCGAUACCGAUCGAUAACAGAUUUUCAGGAACGUAUCCGAUCAGCGCAGGAGGGAGAUGAGCCGCGAAGGCGCAGAACUGAGGAUUAUGUUCAGCCCGGGGCGCGUGCAGCUGGUUCAGGAAGAAGAGGCGGUGGUUCCGGGUCGGAAGGUUCUGGUUACCGGAGCGACAGGUCUCCUGGGUCGAGCCGUCUUCAGAGAGUUCCAGAACAACGGCUGGUUGGUUAUUGGGACUGGUUACAGGAGAGCCAGGCCCCGCCUCCUCUGCUGUGACCUCACCGAUGAAGAUGCCGUCAGAGGACUGCUACAGGAAUACAAGCCAAACGCGGUCAUCCACUGUGCGGCGGAGAGACGUCCAGAUGUUGUUGAGAGACACACUGAAGCAGCUGUGAACCUCAACGUGCACGCCACGAGCACGCUCGCCAAGGAGGCCGCUGCGUGUGCGGCGUCCUUCCUCUACAUCAGCACCGACUACGUGUUUGAUGGGAGGAAUCCCCCGUACGGAGAAGACGACUGUCCUAACCCUCUGAACGUCUACGGGCGGAGCAAACAUGAGGGAGAGAGAGAGACACUGAGGCACUGUCCAGGUGCGGUGGUGCUGCGGGUGCCCGUCCUGUUCGGGGAGGUGGAGUCUGUGACGGAGAGCGCCGUCACAUCUCUGUGGCUGAAGGUGCAGGAGGGGACGGAGAGCUGCACCCUGGAUCACUGCCAGCAGAGGUUCCCCACGGACGCCCGCGACGUCGCCGCUGUCUGCAGGAAGCUGGCCGAGAGGGCGAGACAGGACCCGUCUGUCAGAGGAGUAUUCCACUUCUCGGGUAACGAGCAGAUGACCAAAUACGAGAUGGCCGUCGCCAUCGCUCAGGCCUUCAAGCUGCCGUCCGAUCACCUCAUACCUCUGACCGAGCAGCCGGCCGCCGCCGCCGCUCUCCGUCCAAUCAACAGUCGCCUGAACUGUUCUCGUCUGGAGCUGCUGAACCUGAGCGUCCAGCCGCGACCUUUCACCUCCGCCGUCACUGACUGUCUGUGGCCCUUCACGGCCGACAAGCGCUGGAGACAGACAGUGUUCCACUGACAGACAGACAGGUAGAGAGACGGACAGACAGAGAGACAGGUGGGGAGAGACAGACAGACAGACAGACA